GGACCAGGGGGAGGAGGAGUAAGGAAGGCGAUUUGGCUUGGCUAGUCGCGAGUGUUAUGCAGCAGUAUUGAAAUCGCUCUCCUAGAUACCUGUCCCAGGCUGAGCUCCUGCAUAUUAAGCUGACGCUACUGGGGAAGCUAUUUGAGACGAGGGUUGUACAGAAAUUACCUCAUGCUAUUCCCGAUCGGCGCCCAGUAUUAAUUCCAGUGACCUCUGCAGUAAUAUGGAUAUGCAACUAUUUUCGAUCAAGUAAAGUGUCUGACUGGCAACUUCGGCUAAAAAGUGUUUCAUGAAGUUCAGUGAACAGAUUUUCCUGCUUAUAGUGCAGAGAAUACUAUUUUCUCCUGCAGCUGUCUGUAAUGAAGUACCUCAGCUGCAGGGUAAAAUACAAGGACAUGAGCUACUGACCUCCUCCUAGCAUCAGGACCAGAGAAACUACCCUACAUUUUGUCAUCAAUUAAGUGCAGUUGAAAACCACCUCUCCAAAAAGCUGACCAAUUCAUAACAUCAGCAGACAUCUUUUGUAAAACACGUUUUAUGUACUUCCGCUGAGAUCCUUUUUCUACCUGCCGCAUGGUUCUAUAUUACUUACUGGGCACUGAUGGUAGCCUCCAGAAAGUGCAGCUUCAAAUGGUCAGCUUCUUCCUUUAGCAAGAAGAAAAUCCGGAUACUGGAUAGUAACAACGUCUUCAGAGAAAAUGGUAUACGACAGAAAGCGAUUAGUUUCCUGCCAUUGUUUCUUCCUGUUAACAGCCAAAUUCUACUGGAUACUCACCAUGAUGCAAAGAACUCAUGGCCAGGAGUAUGCCCACUCCAUCCGACUGGAUGGGGACAUCAUCUUGGGAGGACUGUUCCCCGUCCAUGCAAAAGGGGAUAGAGGGGUGCCUUGUGGGGAGCUCAAGAAGGAGAAGGGGAUCCACAGACUAGAGGCAAUGCUGUAUGCAAUUGAUCAGAUUAAUAAAGACCCUGAUCUUCUCACCAAUAUCACUUUAGGUGUCCGGAUCCUUGACACAUGUUCCAGGGACACUUAUGCUUUGGAGCAAUCCUUAACAUUUGUGCAAGCGUUGAUAGAAAAAGAUGGUUCAGAUGUGAAGUGUGCUAAUGGCGACCCACCUAUUUUCACUAAGCCAGACAAGAUAUCAGGUGUGAUAGGUGCUGCAGCAAGUUCUGUGUCCAUUAUGGUUGCUAAUAUUUUAAGACUUUUUAAGAUACCUCAAAUCAGCUAUGCAUCUACAGCUCCAGAGCUAAGCGAUAACACCAGGUAUGACUUUUUCUCUCGAGUGGUUCCACCUGACUCCUAUCAAGCUCAGGCCAUGGUCGAUAUUGUGACAGCCCUCGGAUGGAACUACGUGUCGACGCUGGCUUCCGAAGGAAACUACGGAGAGAGCGGUGUAGAAGCAUUUACACAGAUCUCAAGAGAAAUUGGAGGUGUUUGCAUUGCUCAGUCACUCAAAAUCCCUCGGGAACCAAGACCAGGAGAAUUUGACAAGAUCAUCAAGCGCAUGUUGGAAACUCCAAAUGCUCGAGCAGUGAUCAUGUUUGCGAAUGAAGAUGAUAUUAGGCGGAUACUAGAAGCAGCCAAAAAAGCUAAUCAAUCUGGACAUUUCCUUUGGAUUGGCUCAGAUAGUUGGGGGUCAAAAAUUUCACCAGUGCAGCGGCAGGAAGAGAUUGCAGAAGGAGCAGUGACCAUUCUGCCCAAAAGAGCCUCAAUUGAUGGAUUUGAUAGAUAUUUUCGAAGCAGAACACUUGCUAACAAUCGAAGAAAUGUAUGGUUUGCAGAAUUUUGGGAAGAGAACUUUGGAUGCAAGUUAGGAUCACAUGGAAAAAGAAACAGCAAUAUCAAGAAAUGCACAGGCUUAGAAAGAAUUGCAAGAGAUUCCGCCUAUGAGCAAGAAGGAAAAGUUCAAUUUGUAAUUGAUGCUGUAUAUUCCAUGGCCUAUGCACUACACAACAUGCAUAAAGAUCUCUGUCCUGGAUAUAUUGGUCUAUGCCCAAGGAUGAGCACAACUGAUGGUAAAGAGCUACUUAGUUAUAUUCGAGCAGUAAACUUUAAUGGGUUGGUGAACUCAUUAUCUGAAAGACGAGAAGGACACAGGCACUGUUGUUGGAAGGGGAGUGCUGGAACACCUGUUAUCUUCAAUGAAAAUGGAGAUGCUCCUGGACGCUAUGAUAUUUUUCAGUAUCAAAUCACCAACAAGAGUACAGAAUACAAAGUAAUUGGCCAGUGGACUAACCAGCUUCAUCUAAAUGUAGAAGACAUGCAGUGGGCUAAUAGAGAACACACUCAUCCAGCAUCUGUCUGCAGCCUGCCCUGUAAACCUGGGGAAAGAAAGAAAACCGUAAAGGGAGUGCCUUGCUGCUGGCACUGUGAACGCUGUGAAGGGUACCAUUACCAGGUGGAUGAAUUCAACUGUGAACUGUGCCCUAUUAAUAAGAGACCAAAUGCCAACCGUACAGAUUGCCAGCUUAUCCCUAUAAUCAAACUGGAGUGGCAUUCUCCUUGGGCCAUUGUGCCUGUCUUCAUAGCUAUUCUUGGAAUAAUUGCCACCACCUUUGUAAUUGUGACAUUUGUCCGGUACAACGACACUCCUAUCGUCAGGGCAUCUGGACGGGAGCUCAGCUAUGUGCUCUUGACUGGGAUUUUUCUCUGUUACUCUAUUACUUUUUUAAUGAUUGCAACACCUGAUACAGUAGUCUGCUCAUUUCGAAGGAUCUUUUUAGGACUUGGCAUGUGUUUCAGCUAUGCUGCCUUGCUUACCAAAACAAACAGAAUUCACAGAAUAUUUGAACAAGGUAAAAAAUCUGUCACAGCUCCCAAAUUUAUUAGCCCAGCUUCCCAGCUGGUGAUCACUUUCAGCCUCAUAUCCAUGCAGCUUAUUGGAGUCUUCAUCUGGUUUGCUAUUGAUCCACCACAUAUCAUAGUAGACUAUGGAGAGCAAAGGACACUUGAACCAGAAAAUGCCAGAGGAGUUCUCAAAUGUGACAUUUCAGAUCUUUCUCUCAUUUGUUCCCUUGGAUACAGUAUUCUCUUGAUGGUCACAUGCACUGUUUAUGCUAUUAAAACAAGAGGGGUUCCAGAGACCUUCAAUGAAGCAAAACCCAUUGGAUUUACUAUGUACACAACCUGCAUAAUUUGGUUAGCUUUUAUUCCAAUCUUUUUUGGUACGGCCCAAUCAGCAGAGAAGAUGUACAUCCAGACAACAACACUUACUGUCUCCAUGAGUUUAAGUGCUUCUGUGUCUCUGGGCAUGCUCUACAUGCCCAAGGUUUAUAUUAUCAUUUUUCAUCCAGAGCAGAAUGUUCAAAAAAGGAAGAGGAGCUUCAAGGCUGUAGUGACAGCUGCCACAAUGCAAAGCAAACUGAUCCAGAAAGGAAAUGACAGACCAAAUGGCGAGGUCAAAACUGAACUAUGUGAAAGUCUUGAAACCAACAGUAAGUCAUCUGUAGACUUUCCCAUGGUCAAGAGUGGCAGCACUUCCUAAUAGAUCUUCCUCUACCAAGACAGCUUAUGUCAGUUACAGCAAUCAGGCAAACUGAGCAGGGAUGAAAUUCACUGGAAGACCUGCAGGAUGGGAUAUUACAAACAAAGACUUUACCACCACCAGAAUUCAAUCUUGGAAAUAUCAGUAGACUACAUUCAAAUCAAUAGUCAUUCUCCUAAAGGACAAGGAUUAAACAAGAGGCAAAAGGUAAAAAAGAGACAGGGGAAGGAAAAGCCUAGUUUUACCACAUAGAGACUGUGUGUCAAACUUCUGAACUGUUCACUCACAAAAGGAAGUAAAUCACAAAAGGAAAACAAAUGUUAGCUUGUGAAAAAAAUGCUGUUGAAAUAAACUAUGUCUGAUGUUAUAUUUGUAAGUACUUUUUUGUGAUUGUGACAAUUUCCU